UCUGUGUCACCUUCGAAGGGGCCAAACUUGAAUGUCCCCAACUACUCAUCCUUUUCCUCUCUGUCCAUAUCCAACUGCGGCGCUUCGCCGGAGUUAUAAACAAUGCACCACUUCACCUCCCGGCCUCCACCAGAUCCUUCUCCUCCAAAGGUCGUCGCCUGUAGCCAACAACUAGGAGAUCGCCGCCGCCGCCACUCCCACCGCCUCCACCAUCUUGUUGCCACCUAUGAAGAAGAGACAUGGUAGGAAAUCUGGAAGGAAGCCAUAAUCCUGUUCAUUCAAAUGGUUCUGCCCACAAUUCAAAUGGAGCAGAGAAAAGGCUCGACGAGCUUCGCCGGCUUCUGGGGAAAGCCAAUGGGGACGUGCUGAGAAUAGUUGGCGUUGGUGCAGGUGCGUGGGGCAGUGUCUUCGCUGCACUCCUGCAAGACAGCUACGGCCAUUUUCGCGAAAAAGUUCAGAUAAGAAUAUGGAGAAGACCUGGAAGAUCAGUCGAUCGAGCCACAGCAGAGCAUCUCUUUGAAGUGAUCAAUUCAAGAGAAGACGUGCUCAGAAGAUUAAUCAGGAGAUGCGCGUAUCUGAAGUACGUCGAAGCCCGGCUCGGCGACCGGACUUUGCACGCAGAUGAGAUCUUGAAGGACGGGUUCUGCCUGAACAUGAUAGAUACACCAUUGUGCCCAUUGAAAGUUGUUACAAACUUGCAGGAAGCUGUGUGGGAUGCAGACAUUGUGGUCAAUGGCUUGCCUUCAACCGAGACAAGCGAGGUUUUUGAAGAGAUCAGCUGGUAUUGGAAGGAGAGGCUUACCUCUCCUAUAAUUAUCUCCUUGGCGAAGGGAAUUGAAGCUGAGUUGGAGCCCGUCCCUCGUAUAAUCACUCCCACACAGAUGAUCAACCGUGCAACUGGAGUUCCAAUGGAGAACAUUCUUUAUCUUGGAGGGCCAAAUAUAGCUUCUGAGAUAUACAACAAGGAGUACGCUAAUGCCCGAAUAUGUGGAUCUGAGAAAUGGAGGAAACCUCUUGCCAAGUUCCUAAGACAACCCCAUUUCAUUGUGUGGGAUAACAGUGACCUUGUGACACAUGAAGUUAUGGGCGGUCUAAAGAAUGUUUAUGCUAUUGGUGCAGGCAUGGUUGCAGCUUUGACCAAUGAGAGUGCUACCAGUAAAUCAGUCUAUUUUGCACAUUGUACAUCUGAAAUGAUAUUUAUAACUCAUCUGUUAACGGAAGAACCAGAGAAGCUCGCUGGCCCAUUGCUGGCUGAUACCUAUGUUACUUUGUUAAAAGGUCGUAACGCAUGGUAUGGGCAGAUGCUAGCCAAGGGAGAAUUAAGACCUGAUAUGGGUGACAGCAUCAAAGGCAAGGGAAUGAUUCAGGGUGUAUCUGCUGUGCAUGCAUUCUACGAGUUGCUUGGUCAACCUUGCCUCAAAGUGCUUCAUCCUGAUGAAAACAGAGGUGUUGCACCAGUUGAGCUCUGCCCCAUUCUGAAGACACUUUAUAGAAUACUUAUUAAAAGGGAACUUUCAACUGAGGGGAUUCUUCAAGCUCUAAGGGAUGAGACCAUGAAUGACCCCCGGGAUCGAAUUGAGAUUGCACAAGGACACGGUUUCUACAAGCCUUCUCUUUUGGGACAACCAUUGACCAAUGGCAUUUGAAGCAAAUGUUAUUCAAGUUGCUUCAGCCCAAAAUCACUGCUUCAUUUAGGGCAUGGGUGGCAGAACUUGCUUCACAACAUUUUAAGGUUUUUCUUGUGCUUGUAAAAAAUGUCGGUAGUUUGUUUUGGUCAAAUAUGUCUUUAAUCAGAAGACAAGGCAAUGUCUGGAUUCUGAGUAAUGUUGCAGUAUGCUGUCAAAUGAUUAAUGAAAAGGCUUUCAUUUUGGCUGUUUUCUGUAUCAAUAUCAUCGAAUUGAAGACUCUCUA